GUGUUCUAAAGGUAACCAUGCACAUUUUAUCCAAGAAUGUCCUAAAACCACUGUAAAGUUCACGACCAAUUUCAUGAAUAAAUCAUAUGCUAUGUUAAUAGGUACGUUAAUUCCAUAAGCUAUUGUUCUCUUAUUAGUAGCAUGUAAAUGGUGAGCAAGCACUUUGAUUUUGGUAACAACCAACUUUCAAUAGUUUCGUGUAUAAACUGAUCGAAGAAAAUGGCCCUGGUUUUAAAGAGAGCAAUAUUAGGAUAUCGAUGGCUUUUUGACGAAUUAGGGGAUUCGAGGCCUCUAGAGCAGAAUUUGUUUCUGAUGUCAUCGCCAUUUCAAGCCCUGGCAGUGAUCGUGGCAUACUUUUAUUUUAUUUAUCGUUUAGGUCCUCGACUUAUGCAAAAUCGGGAACCUUUUGACCUCAAACGCAUAUUACUUGCGUACAACUUGGCGCAAAUAGCAGUAAACGCGUUUAUAGUAUACGUGGCUUUUGACGAAGUAUGGUUUAACAUAAAUUGGCAUUGCGAAAAGAUAAGCUAUGGACGUGAUCCUCAUUCGAUAUACAUCUUAAAAAUGUAUCAUCUGUUCUUUCUAACUAAACUUGCUGAUUUGUUGGAAACGAUAUUCUUUGUACUGCGUAAACGACAGAGACAAAUUACAUUUUUACACGUCUACCAUCAUUUCGGCAUGUUCCUCAUAAUCUGGAUAACUGUCAGAUUCGUUGCUGGUGGAUAUAACACUUGGGUAGGAUUGGUUAAUUCAGCAGUACAUACUGUUAUGUAUACGUACUACUUCUUAUCCUCUUUGGACGAAAAAUGGAAGCAAAAUCUAGCAUUUAAAAAAUUUAUAACCCAAAUACAGUUGGUACAAUUUACAUUUUUUGUAAUCCUCUUUGGAAGGCAGCUGUUUGUGGAAUGUGGAUAUCCAAAACUUUUAUGCAUGUUCUUUGUGCCUCAAAACUUUUUCAUGAUGAUAUUAUUUUCCGACUUCUACAGAAGAGCCUAUUUAAAAAAGCCUAAGCAUGUAGCCUAAGAAAAAUACGAUUAGAUGACGCCGUCAGAAGAGGCUUUGUUUUAGAAGUUCUUAAAUUUUCCUUAAGUUGGAAAUUUAAAUGUACAUAUAAUUAUUGUUACGAUAUUAUGAAAUAUAUACUUUUAGUUAUGAACUACAA